CAUCUUCUCUCUCCGCUCAUCGCGAAACACAGAAUCAGCGUCGCUUCUGGAAUGUCAGGCAAACGCCCAGCUGAUGAUAGCGCAUACCCCUCCUCGUCUUCCAAACGCGCGAGGCAAUCCCGUCCUACUGAUGCAGAUGCUUACCUUGAUGUCGACGACGACUCCAAUGCUGCAAACUCCAUAGACUCUUCACUCGUUCCCCGCGGUGCCACAAUAAACCUCGGCGCCCUCACCCGCAAACUUGCUCAGGAGCGUCGUGCUGCCCACGCUGCCGACAACGACUCUUCUCUCAGUGCCCACCGAAGGCAGCAGGAAACCCUCGUUUCGCAUAUUUUCAUGGAUCAGGACUUUUCGUGGCUUCAUUUAAAAUCUGAUCACGCCUCUCGUCCUCUCUGGAUCAGCCCGGAAGAUGGUCAUAUCAUUCUCGAGGCGUUCUCUCCCAUCGCCGAACAGGCGCAGGACUUCCUUAUCGCCAUUAGCGAGCCCGUCAGCAGGCCGAGUUUCAUCCACGAGUAUAAGCUCACGUCAUACUCUCUGUACGCCGCUGUCUCUGUCGGCCUACAAACGGAGGACAUCAUCGAGGUUCUUAAUCGCUUGUCGAAGGUUCCUGUGCCGGAAGCAAUCACGACAUUCAUUCGCGAGCGUACACUCUCGUACGGCAAGGUCAAGCUCGUCUUGAAACACAACAAGUACUUUGUAGAAUCGAGUCAUCCAGAUACACUCCAACUGUUACUGAAAGACUCGAUCAUCCGCAAUGCUCGAGUCACAACACAAGCAACGGACAGCAAGAUGACGACGUUCACGACUGCAAAGGCCCCUGUCAAGGGAAAUCUAGUCAUUCCAGGAACCAAAGAGGCCGAAAAGAAGAAGGACGAUGCAUCGAAAGGUCCUGUACCAGCGGCGGGGAAUGCGGAUGCAGACCUUUUUACUUCCGUGGUCGGUGUCGAGGGUGACGAGAUCGACGAGGACGACGACAACGUUCACGCUUUCCAAAUUGAUGACGCCAAGAUCGACGAUGUGAAAAAACGGUGUAAUGAACUGGAAUAUCCAAUGCUCGAGGAGUACGACUUCCGUAACGACACCGUGAAUGCCAAUCUCGACAUAGAUCUCAAGCCAGCUACCGUCAUCCGACCGUAUCAGGAAACAAGCCUGAGUAAGAUGUUUGGUAACGGUCGUGCGAGAUCAGGUAUCAUCGUGUUACCGUGUGGGGCCGGGAAAACGCUUGUUGGGAUUACCGCUGCCUGCACUAUCAAGAAAUCAUGUCUGGUGUUAUGCACGUCGUCGGUGUCCGUCAUGCAAUGGAGAUCACAAUUUAUGCAAUGGUCAAACGUGACUGACCGUCAGAUUGCUGUCUUCACCGCCGACCAGAAGGAGAAGUUUGCAGGAGAUAGUGGUAUCGUUGUGUCUACAUAUUCGAUGGUAGCGAACACAGGGAACCGCUCUUACGAGUCUAGGAAGAUGAUGGAGUUCUUGACCUCUCGAGAAUGGGGUUUCAUCCUUCUAGACGAAGUUCACGUCGUGCCAGCGGCGAUGUUCCGACGCGUAGUGACGACCAUCAAGGCCCACUCUAAGCUCGGUUUGACAGCCACCUUGGUACGCGAAGACGACAAGAUUGCGGACCUGAACUACAUGAUCGGACCCAAGUUAUAUGAAGCGAACUGGAUGGAUCUUGCUGCUAAAGGUCACAUUGCAAAUGUACAGUGCGCGGAGGUUUGGUGUCCGAUGACGCCAGAGUUCUAUCGCGAGUACUUACGGGAGCAGACGAGGAAACGCAUGCUUCUCUACUGCAUGAACCCGAGGAAGUUCCAGGCUUGCCAAUUCUUAAUCAAGUACCACGAAGAUCGAGGAGACAAGAUCAUCGUGUUCUCCGAUAACGUGUUCGCACUAGAGGCAUACGCCAAAAAGCUAAAGAAACCGUACAUCCACGGCGGAACGGGUCAGGUGGAGCGGAUGCGGAUCUUACAAUUCUUCCAGCACAAUCCGCAAGUGAACACAAUCUUCCUGUCCAAGGUUGGCGACACUUCCAUCGAUUUACCGGAGGCUACUUGUUUGAUCCAAAUAUCGUCGCAUUUUGGUUCGCGCCGGCAAGAGGCACAGCGAUUGGGUCGUAUCUUGCGUGCCAAGAGGCGGAACGACGAGGGCUUUAACGCGUUCUUCUACUCUCUAGUCUCUAAGGACACGCAGGAGAUGUUCUACAGCACGAAGCGACAGCAGUUUCUGAUCGACCAAGGGUACGCUUUCAAGGUGAUCACGCAUCUGGACGGGCUCGAGAAUCUGCCGGACCUGGUGUACAAGUCGCAGAGUGAGCAGAUCGAGCUGAUGCAGUCAGUGCUGCUCGCGAACGAGAGCGCCGCCGAGCUUGGGACCGACAUUCGAGCGGGAGAGGGGGACCUUGCAGGGACUAUCACGUCGAAGGAUUUUGGGGCUCCGCCGGGAAGGGUACCGGCUGCGCAACGGACGACAGGGUCAUUAACGGCUCUGAGCGGAGCUGCGCACAUGUCCUACAUCGAACAGAACAAGUCGGCGAACAAGCGGCUGGCGAGGGAGGCCGCGCCACGGAACAAGUUGUUCGUGAAACGAGACCGAGAUAUGGCGGCGGCGAAAAAAGAGGCAAGGGCGGCGGGACGAGGAUGAUGUCGAGGAAUGAUUGCGAGUUGUGCCUGGUAAAGUUGUACUUAUCGCGCGCGUUAGGCACGAAUGCGGACGGAGCCCCGGAGCCGG